AUGGUGGCCCUGUUCCAGCGACCGACACGACUUUUGUCAGUGCUCGGUGGCAUCUUUAUCUUCUACGCCCUUGUCGUCUACCUCCCUCGAAACCAGGAACCGCUCUAUAGCUUCGAAUAUGUCACCGGCACCUACGACUGGUCGGCGCUGCCUCAGAGACAUCCCGUUUCGCAAAUAACCCCUGUGCCCAAGGGACCAUUUCGCAAAAUGCCCAAGGUACAAUUCGAUUUUGCCUCCGCACCGACACCAAACAAGACCAGACAGGCGACUCUAGCAGACCGACGGUCCGUCGUUAAAGAUACCUUUCUAAAGAGCUGGAAUAGUUAUAAGACUUAUGCAUGGUUAUAUGAUGAGUUGGAGCCCGUCUCCGGGAAGGGCAAGGACACCUUCGGCGGCUGGGCUGCCACAGUCAUUGAUGCGUUGGAUACGUUAUGGAUGAUGGGCCUUAAAGAAGAGUUCUACCUCGCUGUCGCCGCCGCUGUAACGAUCAAGUGGGAAACAAAAGAAACAGCUAUCAACUUUUUCGAAACGACGAUCCGGCAUCUUGGCGGCCUGCUAAGCGCGUACGACCUGAGUAAAGAGCCCGCGCUGCUCAAAAAGGCCAUCGAGAUAGGAGACUUGCUUUACGCCGGUUUCGACACCCCCAAUCGCAUGCCGCCAUUCUGGUUGGAUUUUCAGAAGGCUAUAGAUGGCACAAUCCAACCCGGCAGCCACGAGCCUUCUGCAUCUGUCACCUCCUCUGGUGUUGAGUUCACCCGCUUGGCACAGCUUACGGGGGAUGACAAGUACUACGACGCAAUCGACAGGGUCUCACAGUUCUUGCAGAGGACACAGAAUACCACGAGGCUGCGCGGUAUGUGGCCCACAUUCGCCAAUAUGCAGUCUCUAGACCUAUCCUAUGAGAGCGACUUCACGCUUGGCGCAUUGGCUGAUUCUUUGUACGAGUAUUUGCCGAAGAUGUUUGCUAUCACCGGGGGUGUGCCCAUGUAUGAGAGCAUGUAUCGUGGUGCCAUGGAUACAGUGACCAAACAUCUUCUGUACCGUCCAAUGACGCCGAACCAGGACGAUAUUCUCUUCACAGGCGACGUCACUGUAGAUGCUGCAGAUGAACCCCUACUUAAGACUGAAGGUCAACACCUGUCCUGCUUCGUUGGCGGCAUGUAUGGGCUUGGUGGCAAGCUAUUUGACAUUCCAGACCACGUAACGAUUGGUGAAAAGAUCGCCAAGGGCUGUGCCUGGGUAUACGACUCUUUCCCUACUGGUAUCAUGCCAGAGAUAUACGGUCUCUUGCGCUGUCCUAGCCUUGAGCCUUGCCCUUGGAAUGAGGAGGUCUGGAGGGAACAAGGCGACCCUAAGCUCAGGAAAGGCUUCAGAAACGCCCGAGAUCCUCGUUAUCUGCUCCGGCCUGAAGCUAUCGAGAGCAUCUUCCUGAUGUAUCGCAUGACAGGCAAGGAGGAAUACCAGGAAAUAGCGUGGAGAAUGUUCCAGUCCAUCAAGAAUGCGACGGAAACCGAGCUCGCCGCUUCGGCUAUCAGUGAUGUUACCGUCACCGGGGAAACCCAAAAGCUAGACUCCAUGGAGAGUUUCUGGUUUUCAGAGACUCUCAAAUACUUCUGGCUGAUAUUUUCGUCACCGGACCUGAUCAGCCUCGACGAAUAUGUGUUGAAUACGGAGGCACACCCCUUGCUGCGCCCGAAAUGA